AUGGAAACUGGUCUACAACAACAACUCAGACUUGCUCUUGAAGAUAUUGAUAAUGGGCAGAUGGAGAACAUUAAACUGAAAAGUGAAUUGAAGCAAGCCAGAGAACGCAUCAUUUCAUUGCAAGGAAAUCUUUCAGCUAUCAAGGCUAAGAGGAAGGAACUUAAGAUCAAGCAAGACAAAAAGAAUACCUUCCGGUAUGGAUCCUUUAUUAUUUGUUUAGUAUUUUACUUUUUGGGAACUAUUCCCAGUUUUGGAAAGACUCAGCGGGCUUUUGACCGCCAGGUAGCAACACAAAUUGCUCAAAUUUUAGAUAGGCAAGGGGAUAAGAAUAGUAAAGCCAAUUUAUGGGAAUUUUUCAAAACAUUUCAAGAGAAAAUGAAAAAUGGGUCUCAGAUUCCUAAAUCUAUUGUAGAAAAAUAUAAGGACACAAUUUGUUUUAUGAUAGAUAAAGAUGAAUGUAUGAUGGAGGUUGUGCAACCUAGAACAAUUUGGAUAAUGCCUAUGGGAUAUGAGGUUGAGGAAACUACACUGGAUGCCUAUGCACAACAUCUAUUGCAGGCGCUGGUAGAUGAAAAGGAAGAGAAAUUUUGUACUGCUAAGGAGAAAGGACUUAAAGUUCAUCAAGAACAGAGGAAGAAAGAGUUGAAGCAAAAGAGAAAAGAGGAAAGGGAAGCUCAAAAAGUAGCUCAGGCCACACCCAAUGUGAUCCUAGUUACAUCAGAAACUUCCAAACAACCGGAAGAAUCUUCAGCUGAGCCUGCUAGUCAGACAUCGGUAGAGCCACCCAAGAAUAAGUCUAAGGUGACCCAACAAUAUAUGACUUCUUCUUCUAAAGAAAUAGAAUCUGAUACAGAGAUUAAGGAGGUUCCUAAGAAUAAAGACAUUUUUGUCAGAGUGGUGAGGGAGAAGAAAGAAGAACAAAAGCCUAAACCAGUCAAGGUGACUCCUCGAAAGCCAAAAAUCACUAUUGUGCACAAGAGGAAGCCCAAAUCUGAUGAGAAACCCAAACCUGAACCUAAAAGGAGAGCCGGUAAGAAAAAGAUGAACACACAAGAUUUUAUUGAACAUAUAGUAAAUGAUGGUAACUUAGAUAAUAUUUGUUCAUUCUUUGACAAUUUUGAUGAGGAGGACAAGAAGCAAGUAGAAGAGGCUAUUCUUUUAUAUCUUGAUUCAUUUAGUAGGGCAUUGAUAGAAUUGGAGAAAGUUUUUCCUAAGGAGUUAUAUGACAAGUUAGAAGUUAGAAAGCUACAUGCGUAG